AUGUCUUUUCUCAGUGACAACGUUAACCAUAUUAGAUUACCGGCCGCUCUGUCUAUCUUUACCGUCCCACCCAAUCAGGUAGCGAUAGAAAAAGUCUACUUUUCGGAAUGUCGCCCUAUGUCUUCUUUCAAUACUUCCGACGCACCUAUAGAAAUAUACGUACCCGGAUCCGGUGACAGGUAUAUUGACUUAAACAAGUCUAGGUUGUAUGUCAAAUGCCGGGUCAAAAAAGCCGACGACUCUGUUUUAGCCGAGAACGAGAAAACGGGUAUCAUCAAUUUAUUAUUACAGAGUAUGUGGUCACAGAUCGAUACUUAUAUGAAUGGUAAAUUGGUAUCACUCAACACCAACAACUACCCUUGGAAGGCUUACCUGAAAAGUGGAACUGAUGCCACAAAAUCACAACUCACCUCCCAAAUGUUUUACUUGGACGAUUACGACAUGGACGAUGCCAAACCCAUCGUAUCUGGAACGAACGCGGGGUUAAAGAAGAGGUAUAGUUACACCAAGGAAAGAAAGGUAUUCGAUAUGGAAGGGCCUUUAUACGAAGAUAUCUUCGGAAUCGACAAGUAUCGUCUUAAUGGUGUCGACUUACAGUUAAAGCUAUUUAAAAGUAAAGCUCCUUUUUUUCUGAUGAGUGAUGAAACGGAUCCCAGUUACAAGUUGGAGAUAUUGGACGUGGCUUUUAAGGCAUGUAUGAUCAAAGUGGACAGCGGUGUUUUGGUGAAUCAUGCCAAGUUAUUAAAAGACACCACUGCCAAAUACCCAUUGGUCAGAACGGAGGUCAAGAUGAAUACUGUCGGAUCUGGCGCCGGCUCCUUUAUAUGGCAGAACGUAUGGGCUAAUAACAUGCCGACGAAAGCCGUAUUCGCAUUUGUCAAACAGGCUGCCGUGAAUGGUGAUUAUACCAAAAACCCUUUCAAUUUCGUCAAUUUUGCACAAGAAGUGACCCUUUACGUCAACGGAGAAAGCAUGCCUGCUCGCGCCAUGAAAAUGGAUAUAGGAGAUAACAGGAAUAACGUGACCCCCUUCUGCAGCUUAUUUGAUGUGGCCGGAAAAUGGAACCAAAAUGAAGGUCUGAUGAUCAACAGAGAUACUUUUACUAUGGGACAUGCCAUGUACGCCUUCGAUCUCGCACCCUCCGACCUUGGAGGGGAGUAUAUAAACCUGGUGCAUCAAGGCAACAUCAGAUUGGAAGUUAAAUUCGAAACAAACACUGUAGAAAAUUUGAAUUGCGUGGCUUUCGCAACAUUCCCUGCGCUCAUCGAAAUAACCGAAUCCAGAGAGGUCAAUUACGCAAGACUAUGA